AAUAACAAAAACAACAACUGUACACGCUGUUGUCGAAGAAUUUGUCGAGCAAGCGAUUGCCAUUACCGCCGCCGCAGUUGCUACAGCGGAAUUGUAGCGAGAGGCAGAACGGGCCAAGCUUUGAUUUUCUUAUUGGAACACAUUCUACCGACCAUAAACACACCCAUAUAUACGCGAGCGCGCGCCAGAGAAUAGAAUGAGCCGUCUGUUAAUUAACAAACCCAGCGCCAUGCAACGUGCGGCAGCCACAAUGUCUGGCAGGGCCGCCGCCGCCUUGCCACUUCGCCAGCCCUAUCCCCAGCAGCAGCAACAAUCAAAAUUGACGCCCAGUGUCGUCAUUCGACGCUGGAAAUCGUUUAUACAUAGCGUUCAAAAAUCCACAACAGCAGCGUCGGCAGAGCCAGCGGCAGCGGCAGCAGCAGCAGCAAGCAUGACUACAACGACAGCGACGUCGCAUCGCAGCCGCAUUCAAUCCGAAGCUUUUGGGGGUAGACAUUCACCGUUUGACGCCCGUCGUUCGUUCUCAACCAGCACCAAGAUGCCAGCGAAAUGUCUGCAACUGGAGAACAUCAAUCCGAACUUCAUCACCAUGGAGUAUGCUGUGCGUGGACCUCUGGUGAUACGAGCCGGCGAAAUCGAAAAGGAGCUUGAAAAGGGUGCAAAGAAGCCGUUCGACCAGGUGAUUCGGGCCAAUAUCGGUGAUUGCCAUGCCAUGGGACAGCAGCCGGUGACGUUUCUGCGUCAGUUGCUGGCCUUGACAUUCGAGCCCCGACUGCUGGACUCGCCCGAUUAUCCCGAGGAUGUGAAGAAACGGGCCCGCGCCAUUCUUGCCAACUGCCAGGGUCACUCCGUGGGCUCGUACACGGACUCGGCUGGACUGGAGGUGGUGCGUCGCCAGGUGGUCGACUAUAUUGAGAAGCGCGACGGCGGAGUGCCCAGCGAUUGGCAGAAUGUCUAUCUGACAGGCGGUGCCUCGCCCGGUAUCAAGAGCAUUCUCUCGCUGAUCCACGCUGAGGUGGGAGGCAAGCCACCUGGCGUGAUGGUGCCCAUUCCUCAGUAUCCACUGUACUCUGCCACCAUUGCCGAGUAUGGCAUGGACAAGGUGGACUACUAUUUAGAGGAGGAUUCCGGCUGGAGUCUGAGCCGCAAGGAGCUGCAGCGCUCCUUCGAUGAGGCCAAGAAGACGUGCAAUCCACGCGCUCUGGUCGUCAUCAAUCCGGGCAAUCCCACCGGUCAGGUGUUGACCCGCGAUAACAUUGUCGAGAUCAUCAAGUUUGCCAAUGAUAACGGGCUGAUACUGCUGGCCGAUGAGGUGUACCAGGACAACGUUUACGACAAAAACUCCAAGUUCUACUCGUUCAAGAAGGUCGCCUACGAGAUGGGUGAGCCCUACCGCAGCCAAGAGCUGGUCAGCUUCCUUUCCACAUCGAAGGGUUUCCUCGGCGAGUGCGGCAUUCGUGGCGGAUACAUGGAGGUGGUCAACCUAUGCCCCCAGGUCAAGGCCAUGCUUACCAAGUCGAUUACGGCUGCCCUCUGCAGCACCACCGCCGGUCAGGUGGCCGUCAGUGCUCUGGUCAAUCCACCUAAGCCCGGCGAGCCCUCGUACGACCUAUUCCAAAAAGAGAAGAACGCCACCCUGGCGGCCCUCAAGGAGCGCGCAGAGCUCGUCCACAAGACUCUCAGUAGUUUCGAGGGCUACAAGGUGAAUCCCGUCCAGGGGGCAAUGUACGUGUUUCCCCAGAUCGAGAUCCCACCCAAAGCGAUCGAAGCAGCCAAGGCCAAGGGCAUGGCUCCCGAUGUUUUCUACGCAUUCGAGCUCCUCGAGACGAGCGGCAUUUGCAUCGUUCCUGGCAGCGGAUUCGGGCAAAAGCCCGGCACCUAUCACUUCCGCAGCACGAUCCUGCCGCAGACGGACAAGCUGAAACUGAUGAUGGAGAAGUUCCGUGUAUUCCACGCUGAUUUCAUGAAGAAGUACAAGUAGAUGGAGAUGGAGAUG